UGUCAUCCGCUGGUUGUUGUGGCACAUCAUCGAACAGAUUUUUUUUUCAACUGUGUAAAUGUAUGAAUUUAUUUUUCUUUAGCUUUAAGCUUGUAUUUUUUAGUUCUAAUAAAUAAACUAAAUUAGUUAUGUCUGGAUUGGAGAGUUCAUCUACUCAAAGUAAACGAAACUGAAAACCGUGAAUGUUGUAGCGUCCGUUUGAGACAGUAAGUUAUUUUCAUUGGGUAAAAAUGGGAAAGAAGAGGGGGAAGGUCAAGAGCUCGAGAGAGGAUGAUGACAUUGACCUGACAGUUCCAUCCUGCAGACAUAUUAAAAGAGGAGCGGACCAAACUCUUCUAAAGAAACUUGUGGGUAUUUCUGAUUGGAUGAGUUGUCAGGACUGUAAGCAAGAGGAAAAUAAAGAAAAUAUCAACUCAUCCUUGCCUCAAGAUACAGAAGAAAAGGAAACAGAAGCCUUGUGGAUGUGCUUGAAAUGUGGCCAUAGAGGAUGUGGAAGGAAUUCUGAAAACAAGCAUGCCGUUAAACAUUAUGAAACUCCUCGCUCAGAUCCACAUUGUCUUGUGGUCAGUUUGGACAACUGGAGUGUGUGGUGUUAUAUGUGUGAUGAUGAAGUCCAGUACUCAACAACAGGACAUUUGGCACAACUGGUCACUAACCUGAAAAAGCAAAUUACUGCAGACCCCAUAAAGAUACCACAGAAAAAAGGGAAGGAGGAAGUGGAUGUAUCAGAAACUGUACAGAAAUCAGAAACUGUAUGCAUAGCAGAAAGUGAGAACAAGGAAAACAAGAAAAACAGGAGUCCUCAAAGGAAGAACAUCAAGAAAGACAGUGAUGGGAAAUCACAAAACCAAAACAAAACUGAAGAAAACUAUGGUGUUCCAGUAAAAGGACUGAGCAACCUAGGAAACACCUGUUUCUUUAAUGCAGUCAUUCAGAAUCUUUCACAAACACAGCUCUUAAGAGAGACUCUCAACAAAGUGACAGAAGAAAAGCAAAGUCUUGACAUUAAACCUGAUUCCUCUUUGAAACUGGAGCCUAUAGUUGUGGAAUUAGAUCAGCCUGGAUCCCUGACUUUUGCAAUGUGUCAGCUACUCAGUGAAAUCCAGGAAACCAAGAAGGGUGUGGUAACACCAAGAGAAUUGUUCACACAAGUCUGUAAAAAGGCUUCCAGGUUCAAAGGAUUUCAGCAGCAAGAUAGCCAGGAACUGCUGCGCUACCUGCUGGAUGGGAUGCGAGCUGAGGAGCUGAAAAGGGUAAAUACAGGGAUAAUGAACACAUUGAAACAAUCAAGUAAAUGCACAGAUGGAGAACAUCUGAAAACAUUAGCAAAAGAUUAUGAGAAAAAUGGACUUCCAAAAAACUUUGUUGACCAAGUUUUUGGUGGGGAAAUGACCAGCACUAUAAUGUGUCAGCAGUGCAAAACGGUGUCUAUUGUAAUGGAGAUGUUUUUGGAUCUUUCCCUUCCUGUUUCUGAGGAGGCAUACAGAAAGAAAAAUCAAAAGAAAGUUCAAAAGACCAGUGAAUCGAGCCAUGAAGGCAGAAGCAGUCCUGCUUUGAACAAUGGAAAUGAUGACAUUCCUACCGGAGCCGGCAGCAAAUACCAGCAGAAAAAGGCAAAGAAACAAGCAAAGAAACAGGCAAAGCAUCAAAAAAGGCAGCAUAAGCUUGAGGGCAAAGUUACUUUGGACAGUUUGACAUCUCCAAGCCCCGCAGAGACCCAACAAACAGAUGCUACUGCAGAUGCAAUGGAUGGGGAAAACGCUAACAUAAAGCCAUAUGAAAAAGACUCGCUCAGUGAAGAAAAUCCUACACUAGUCAAUCUGUCUGAACAGGAUCAGAGCAUUGAGCUGGAAAAAGAGGAGGACGGAGAUUUAGAGACUGACUGUGACUCAUUAGCUACAUCAUCAGUCAGCAACCGUUUCACUGUCUUGUCAGCAGAGCAGCACUCGCAGGACAGCUUAUAUGAUGAAAUGUCCAACAUGGAUCAGGAAGGAGAGGAGGACACACUGCUGGUGGAUAAAAUGGAGAAAGUGACCCUGGAUGAUGCUUUCAUUGAGGAAUCUGAUUCUGUGGAACAAGGCACAGAGAGCGAAGAUGACUUGCUAGAGGCUAAAGAAUAUACAGUGAUAAACCAAGACCCAGAGCUGGCCUUCCACACACUUGCUACCAGGACGACCCCAGAGAAACAGGAAAGUUCAGUACAAUCAUGUCUUUUUCAGUUCACAGAGGUGGAAACACUGAUGCAGAACAACAGCUUGCUUUGUGUCACUUGCACCAAACGACAGCUGAAGGAAGACAAAGCUGGAGGAUCCAAGAAGAAUAUUUACACUGAUGCCUUGAAGCAGAUGCUGAUCUCCUCUCCACCAGCUGUCCUUACCCUUCAUUUAAAAAGAUUUCAGCAAAGUGGAUACAGUAUUUGUAAAGUUAAUAGACAUGUCCACUUUCCCCUGAUUCUGGAUAUUGCUCCAUAUUGUGCAGCCAAAUGCAAGAAUCUUCCAGAGGGAGAUGCUAAGAUUUUAUACAGUUUGUAUGGCAUCGUAGAGCACAGUGGGACAAUGAGGUCUGGUCAUUACACAGCGUAUGUAAAAGUUCGACCCGAGUGUCCUAAAGCCUCAUCUAAAGGACUCAUAGAAGCCGAUCAUUUUCUUUCAGGAGAUGCAGAUCCUCCCAGAGGAUCUUGGUUCCAUAUCAGCGAUACAAGUUUUCAACCUGUGAGUGAGAGCAAAGUCAUGAGCUGCCAAGCCUACCUCCUCUUCUAUGAAAGAAUCCUCUGAUUGAACUGUGACUAAAUACUCAGGAAAUAAUAUAUCAAUCAACCAGCCUGCCGCUUCACCUCCAGUGCACAAGGGAUCUCAGUGAGGGACAGGAUGAAAUUGUAUUGAUUUUACAUAGGUCAUAAUGGUGUCACUUAAGGUUCCAACACCUGUAUGAAUUCUCAGACUCAUGCAAAAUUGCUGUGAAAUUGUACUCAAAAUAGUUAUUGUAGCAGCUGGAGUAAAAAAUAUAAAUGACAUGUGGAAGCAAAAAUGUGUACAUUUGUGAAUUAUACGGCUAUCGUGUUUUUUUUUUUUUUUUUU